UGUGCUCUCAAGAAACUAAGGUUGAAAGGCUGUGGGCUCUCUCAGCGCGGUGUGUCAGCGCUGGUCUCUGCCCUCCAGGUGAACCCGUGUCACCUCAGCGACCUCAACAUGAACCAUAACAAUCUGGGAGAUUCGGGCGUCAAGCUUCUCAGCGGCUUCCUGAAGGACCCACGCUGCACUCUACGGAGACUGGGGUUGCGCUGUUGCUCCGUCGGAGAGAAGGGCUGUGCUGACCUGGCAGCUGCCCUGUCGUCUAACCCCGCACACCUGAGGGAGCUGGACCUGAACACAAACAACCCUGGAGACACUGGAGUGAAGCUCCUGGCUCAGGCCCUUAAGGAUUCACGCUGUCAGCUGGAGAGACUAGGCUUAGUCUUCUGCAGUGCCAGAGAGGAAGGUGUGGGGGCGCUGUUCUCCGCUUUCACCUCAAACCCCUCCCACCUCAGAGAGAUAAACCUCGCAGGAAACCAGCCUGGGAGGGGCGGAGUCCUGCAGAUGUCAGCGCUGCUGGAGAACCCGCUCUGCAAUCUCAACAUCAUCAAACUGUCCUACUGUGUGAUUGGUGCAGAGGCCUUCUCUGCGCUAAGCGCUGCUCUGGUCUCCCACCCCUCUGUGAUCAGGAAGCUGUCCCUGAACUUCAAUGAGCUCGGUGACGCAGGAGCCCUGGGCCUCGCCGCCGCCAUCAAGGACCCUCGCUGCAGACUGGAGAAACUCUGGAUGAGGAAUUGCUGGAUAGGAGAGGCGGGGUUUGUGGCAUUGGGCGUGGCCUUCAGAUCAAACCCCUCCCACCUGAGAGAGCUCAACCUGAGCGCCAACGACCCGGGAGACGCCGGAGUGAAAGCGCUCGCUCAGUUCCUCAGAGAACCGCACUGCAAACUGGAGACCUUGAGACUGAAUGAGUGUGGCAUCGGAGAGGCCGGGUGUGUGUGUUUGGUGGCGGCCCUCAGAUCAAACCCGCUGCACCUGAGAGAACUCGCUCUACUCCAGGCUAACGCAGGAGAGGUGUGGCUGGGAGAGCUACUGACCAACCCCCACUACAGACUGGACACGCUAAAAUAUUGACCAGUGGACUCUCAGGAUUGUGAUGUCAUCUUGUCUAGAGUGACCAGUGGAAUCUCAGGAUUGUGAUGUCAUCUUGUCUAGAGUGACCAGUGGACUCUCAGGAUUGUGAUGUCAUCUUGUCUAGAGUGACCAGUGGACUCCUUGUGACCGAUAGAGACUUGGGAUUGUGGAAGUUGGCUGGAGUAACAGAUUAAACUGUCUAUUUUUGUACCGUUACAUUUUACAAUGUUUUUCUAUUGUUACAUUUAACAAUGUUUUUUUACCGUUACAUUUAACAUAGUUUUUCUUAUGCCAACCACAACAGCAGACCCAAAUCUUAACAUUCAAAAAUAAUUUGUAGUAAAAAUGAAAUAACCCUC